GGCAGCCAGUUGGCGUCCUUUGUAAAAUUAGACAUUCUAUGCGUAUAACAAUUUAAUAACAAAAUGCAUUUAUAUACUAAUAAUUUCCAUUGUGCUAAUAGUCUUUAUUUAUUCAUUUGAAGUUAAUAAUAAUAAAAAAUGUAUAUAGGCAAUUAUGCGUGGUUGGCUAUAAAACAAAUAGACGUUUCUAAAUAGAAGUUCUAAUAUUUUAUAACUCUAUCGUGUAUCGCAAGUGUGCGAAAUUCAACUGUACUAUAAAGUUUUAUGAAUUAAUAUUUUUUUUUUAAAUCAUGGAGGCUCCGAGAGUGUGUAGAAUAUGUCUGGUAGCUAACGUGAAGAUGUUUCACCUGCAGACACAGCCUUUAGAGACGUAUUUCGAAAAUGUUAUUGGGGUAAAUCUUUUAAGUACAAUGGAGCUGCCACCAUACAUAUGCUUUGAAUGCGCUGCAUUUGUGAAGAAAUUUUAUCAUUUCAAAGAAAGAUGUCUAAGAGGGCAAAGUACUCUGUAUGAACUAUUAAACUGCAAUGGAAAGAUAACAGAACAACUGCUACAACAUAUAGAUAGAAAAAAUUUACAACUAUCUUCUGAUAAUGUUAUUCAACAUUUUACGGAACCAACACUCCAUGUACAUGAGAAUGAGUACUCCGAGCCAUACAACAUAAAAGAAGAAAAUGAUAUGGACUGCAAGAUAUCUAUAGGCAUAAACAGUGUCAAGGAAGAAGAUUAUGAUGACUUCACUCCACUCAUAUCUAGUGACGAUGAUGAACCUCUAUCUCUACAUAAGAGUAUUAAAGAAGAGAAGAAAGGUAAAAAGAAAGAUAAAAAGAUCAAGAAAGAUAAAAAGAAGAAAUUGGAUGAUUUAGAUAUUGAUGAGCAGUUUGAAAAUGUAAAGUCCGCAGAAAACAUGGUAGAUCAACAAUUACUACUUCUCGAAGUAGUUCCCAAGCCGAAGCGUGGACGACCGCGGAAGACCGAUCCGCCUGCAGAGGCGAAAGAGCGGAAACCAAGAAGGACCAAGAACACCGGCGGAGUGCUCGACGACGAUAUAGACUUGGACGAAUAUGUAACCAUCAUUAAACUAUCGGUAGAAGAGCAACUAGAAGAGAUCAACAAGCGGCAGCAGUCUUCCAACUACCAGAACGCACCAUUCCAGUGUAACCUGUGUUAUAAAGGAUUCAUAGACACGCACGCGUGGAAACAUCAUGUCGGGAAACACGAUCCUAGCGCAGGUGACAUCGAAUGUCCGAUAUGCAAGUUCAGAUUCAAAACGAAACGCACGCUGCAGAAACACUCCGCUAACCACGAGAAGAAAUACGCCUGCAAGUCUUGUCCUUACGUGUCCAAGACGGCAACACAAGCAAAGCAACAUCAGAGAUGGCACAAAGGCGUCACGUACAAAUGUCAGUACUGCGAUGAAGUUUCCACUAAAUGGACAUCGUAUCUGAGCCACGUGCGGAUCAAGCACCCGUCGGAGUUCAUCUGCGGCGUGUGCGGGUACUCGUUCGUCAGUAAACUAGGCCUUACAAUGCACAAAACUAUGAUGCAUAAGGACGUUAUCGAGAAAGCGGAAGAUGAAACGGCCUCAGCAGGUCCGUACUGCCAGGAGUGCGACGUGAAGUUCAUCUCGGAGGAGGCGUGGAAGCGGCACAUGGUCACCUCCGUCAAACACACGCAGGCCACGCAUUUCAACAACGGUUGUCGCGUGUGCGGCGAGACGUUCAAGAGCUCCGAGGAGCUGCGCCUGCACCACCGCAAGGAACAUGCGCGCAAGAGGCCCAAGAACUACGGCAAGAAACCCACCAACAUCACCUGGCCGGCCAAGUGCGAACACUGUUCUGAAGAGAUUCCCAAUGCCCGAGAGUAUUGGACCCACUUCCGGCGAAUGCAUCCAGACAAGAACUACCCCAUACAGAAGAACCAUAUCUGUGAUAUUUGCGGAAAGAGUUUUAGAGGCAACGCGUUCCUAGUGUAUCACAAGCGGACGCACUCGGAGGAGCGGCAGUUCAAGUGCGGCACGUGCGGCAAGGCGUUCCACAACCCCACCAACCUGCACAUGCACGAGAAGACGCACUCCGACGUGCGUCCCUACCCCUGCACCGUCUGCUUCAAGGCCUUCAAGUGCAAGGGCGCGCUGGACAGGCACUUCCGGUGUCACACCGGCGUGAAGCCGUACUCGUGCGAAGUGUGCGGCAAGUCGUUCGGCCAGUCCAACUCGCGCAAGCUGCACGUGCGCACCGUGCACCUCAAGCAGCCCGCGCCCUACGUCAGCCGCGCGCGCCUCGAGCGCCUCGAGCGCCUCGAGCGCCGCGCCCGCCCGCGCGACGCACACCUCGCCUUCUAGCGCAGUGCGCACCACUCACGCGAGCUGCACGUGCGCACCGUGCACCUCAAGCAGCCCGCGCCCUACGUCAGCCGCGCGCGCCUCGAGC